CCCUUCUCUCUCUUCUCCUGCAGGCCAUGGCUUUCAUGGACAUUUUCAUUGGCCUUUUGCAAAUUCUAAUCCAACAUGUGCAGUUGGUCGGCGAGAAGCUGGAUGAGGAGACGCGCGAGCGCAUGCGGCAGCGCUGGGAGAUGCUGAACCGAGAGAUGACUCGACUGUGGCGGGAGAUAGAGCUGAGGGACCAGGAGCAGAGGAAUCAGGAGCAGACCAUCUCUUCCUGGGCAUCCCUCUUCCUCGCUGCCUUGCAGCACUGGCAGUUCUGGGCUCUUGCUGGAGGCCUGGUCCUGCUCUUUGGGCUUUGCUGCUGGUUGAGGAAAAGGAGCCAUCAGCCAGCCAGCAGCAGCAAGCGUGGCAGCUGUGGAAGCCUGGAAGAGGAAGUGGAAGAGGAAGAAGACCCCUUGUAUACGGACAGGUUUCUGUGGGAGUACAUCUUGUGGCCACUGCCAAACAGGGAAGAAACAUGCCACGUGGUGGAAGACCUGGUGAAUGACCUUCUCUGUGUCUGCCGAGUCUUCUCUGGCAAUGAGUUCAUGCCGCGCCUGCAGCCCGCUUUCGGGCUGGGUGGCUUCCUGGAAUGCCAGAGUGCUCAUGGAGAAGACCUCGUCUAUCGCUUGGUUGUGCCCCUGAAGCCCCCCCCCGGGCACUCCUUCCAUCUCGAGCUGGGCACCGAAGGGGAAAAGCCGCUGAGGAAGUCCCGCCUGCGUGUGGAACUGGAGUGCAUGUGCAUAAGGGAGCGGAAGCUGGGAGACAUGCUCUGCUUCAUCCACCACCCUGAGGACGAGCUGAUGGGCCAUCAGGAAGCCAGCCUCCUGCAGACCCUCUGCACCGGCCCAUACCUUGACAUUGAGAAAACCGCCUUCUGGCUCCAGGAGCUGAUGACAGCAGCCUGCGUGGCCGUGCUUCAGUCAGCCACGUGCAAGCUCACGGUGCUGCCAUCCCCACGCUUCUGCAAGCUCAGGAUGACCACUGCCGUUGAGACCUCCCUCUCCAUUGAGCUGGUCUUGGCGGUGCAGCAGGGCAACUCAGACACAUUUAUGACCAUGGAGUAGGCAGAGGUCAGUGUCGGCACCUGUGAGGAGGCUGAAGAGGCUGCUGCAGGAGACAGAAAGGAAAGGGAAAGCAAGAGCAGCAAAGUCAUCCCCCAGACCCCGUGCAACAGUUCCAAUAAAUGUUUCAUUGACAGUGAGUGUCCGUGCAACGGUUUGUAGAGGAACGUGGGCACAGGGUGCUGGCAGCUCAGCAGCCCCAGAGUUGGGGAGCAUUGUGCGGAAGGCCUGAUGCGGUGGACUCUGCUUUCAUUGACUCCGUAACCAAG